AUGCAUUGUUCUCAUUUCUAUCUUAACAACUUGAAGGAUUCCCGAGUCGGUAACAAUGUGGAAGAUAAAGUGAAUUUCGAAGAUGAAAGUCAAACUGUGUACAUGGAAGACUGCAAGGAGUCACGUGAUACUAAGAACAAAGUAACCGGAGAAGGAAAACAUUUUACGGGCAGAAACUUGCAAAAUUCUAUUUUUUCCUAUACAAGAAGUACCAAAAAACUACUGAGAAAUAUAAUGGAUGCGCAGUAAGCAUCUCUGGAUUAUUUAUCUAGUCAGGUUAGCGAGCUCAUGAAUCGAAUUCUCCUUUUGUCUACAGAAGUUUCUAGAAAACAGCUGGCUCCUUUUCCUUCCUGGCCCGUUCUGUCGCAUAGCUUGGAUUGCACUGAUAUUAAAGAUCUAGUUGGUUCUGUCACUAAAACCCCUAGUGGUUUAUAUGUAAUCUUUCCAGAAUGAUCUAGCUAUCCAUUUGAGGUGAUAGGUGACAUGGAUUUCAGAGGAGGAGGAUGGAUGGUGUUUCAGAAAAGGAUCUCUAGGACAACUGACUUCCGGAGGCUGUGGUGCGAUUACCUGGAUGGAUUUGGAGACCUUGUAGGAGAAUUUUGGCUAGGACUGAAAAAGAUUUUUUACAUAGUAAACAAAUUUAGUUUUAUGCUUCACGUGGCCCUGGAAUCUGAAGAUUACACCUUGGCUUAUGUUUCAUAUGAUAAUUUUUGGUUAGAGGAUAAAAUGAAUUUUUUUAAAAUACACUUAGGAUGAUAUUCUGGAAAUGCUGAUAAGUUUUUAAUUACUAAAAGAAGAUGGUAACAGAAUGCCAUGCCUUUCAGCACCUCAGGUGUUGAUAAGGAUGGGUGCCACCCUGCUAGUCUGGUCAAUAGUCAGUCAGACCAUAGCAACACUGACUGAAGGUUCAACCAGUGCCAUCUCACAAACCUGAAUGGGACCCAUCCCAGUCAUGGAAAACGGCAUGCAACUGCAAUUCAGUGGGGUGCAUGGACAAACAACUCAGUUGUCAAGAUUAGAUCUGUCUCAAUGAAGAUUAGAAGAAUUUACAACCCGUAUUUUAAGUAA